CUUGAUUUCUACUUUAACCUAUGAUAGAUAGAAUCUGAUUAGGUUAAGAGAGCUUCCUUGAUUGAUAUUGGUGAAUUGGUUGUGCGAGAAUCAAUCAAUUCACUGCUUUGUACUGGAAUUCAUUCCAGUAGUGGAGAUCUGUGUGAAUCACCUUAGCAGUCUAUCCAGGUGAAGGCUAGUCGCCUGUCGGGUAUUCUGUCGAAGAGGGCUUGGUCAGCUUAAGAGAUUCCAAGCUAAUUUAGGAUCUUCCGUAGUUUAAUCAACAGUAGAUUAACCAAAGGUAAUUGCAACUUGUACCUAAUUGAGGAGCUAGGGGGAAUCAUACCUAAGUGAUUUCCCAACUUGUAAUUAGUAGAGUACUUAGUAGAGUAGUUUAGUAAAUCAAUCCUUAAUCUAGUUUGCUCUGAAGCUGAGUAAUAGUAACUCUAGAGACCCGUAGUGCAAUCCCUUUCAUUGGUUACACUUAAUCAGACAGUAGAUUAACCAAAGGUAAUUGCAACUUGUACCUAAUUGAGGAGCUAGGGGGAAUCAUACCUAAGUGAUUUCCCAACUUGUAAUUAGUAGAGUACUUAGUAGAGUAGUUUAGUAAAUCAAUCCUUAAUCUAGUUUGCUAGAUAAUGAACUGAAGCUGAGUAAUAGUAACUCUAGAGACCCGUGGAUUCGAUAUUUAUUACUUGUGCCACUAUACUGCAAUCCCUUUCAUUGGUUACACUUGGCCAUUGUUAUGUGUUGUGUCGUAGCGUGUCAAGUUUUUGGCGCCGUUGCCGGGGACUUUCUAGAUUAUUUUUUGUUGGUGCAGAUCUGAAUCAUGGAUCCUAAUGGCUUCUCUAACCAGUGGGGGUAUCCACCACCAUCUGAGUGGUAUUACCCCGAGACUUCCUGGAGCAAUCAAGGAGGAGAGGACUAUGGAUUCGGGUCCCAGUACCAACCCCCUUACUACGGAGAACAAUCAGACCCCUGGGCAUAUCAAGAACAACCUACUUAUCCAGAAGAAUUCCUCCCACAACUAGAAGGGCCAUCAUAUCUUGAUUUAGCCACAACCCUCACGCGCCAUCCGGCAGAGCCAUGCUACACUCCACAGCCAGAUCCAAACUAUCACUUGAGGCUUCUCGUGGAGCAGAUUGCUCGAGUACCUGAGAGAUCCUUUCCCGAGAUGGACUUCUUGUAAUUAGAUAACGAACUGAAGUGAGUUCCCAACUUGUAAUUAGAUUUCUCGAGUACCUGAGAGAUCCUCCCACAACUUGGACCUAAUUGAGGAGCUAGGGGGAAUCAUACCUAAGUGAGCUCCCAACUUGUAAUUAGUAGAGUAGUUUAGUAAAUCAAUCCUUAAUCUAGUUUGCUAGAUAAUGAACUGAAGCUGAGUAA